AUGAAUUCAUUACCGCCUAUUGAACCCACGAUAGAUCAGCUUUCUACUUUAAGCGUGGAUAGCCUAACGUAUGAGAAGCGCCGUAUAGAAAACUCUAUUUUUCAUUUGACUCGCUCAAACGAGGAAAUGAAAAGCUUUGAUGAAGAUGAUAUUGACUUCAAAACGGCGAUUAAGGAAAACGAAGAUUAUAUACUGAAAUUGCGUGAUAAAAUUAACAUUAUUCAAAAUAUUUUAUUGGAGAGACAGCAAAACGGGAACCUUUGUAUAGAACCAGAACCACUAGCGACGACCGACGACAGCACUCAGGAGUCAAACUCGAUUCACCUUGAUUUAGAUACACAGGAAACGUCCAUUGCACAUGAUGUGCUCAGAAAUAAUAUUGAAAAUAAUGACAACAAUCAAAGCGAACAAUUGAAUGAUGCAAACGAUGGAAUUUAUUUGUGA